AUGGGGAGAAUACUAGAUAAAAACUCAACCCAGUCCCGGAAGCGGAUCGAAAGUCAUGUGUUUGAGGAUGAGGCGGGCGAGGAGUACGAGGAAAGCAGGUUCAACGGCUUCGGAGACUACUUCAGACGGAAGAAGAUCAAGCUCCAGAAUCUGGAUGCGGAUAUGCGCUCGUCCUCUGACAAACCACAACUAUUCAAGGGGAUAGUCGCACACGUCACGGGAUACACUCAACCUCCUUUACAUAUCCUGCAUCGCGAGAUUGUAGAACAUGGAGGCGGGUUCCUCCAGUACCUCGACUCUAAGACAAUGGCGACGCACAUCAUUACCUCAAGUCUGCCCCCAAAGAAGACUGUUGACUUCAGCGGGUAUCGUAUUGUAAAACCCUCCUGGAUCGUGGACUCCAUCAUUGCCGGCGCCCUUCUUCCCUGGUCUGAUUAUCGGGUGUUGGACGAGGGCCCAAGGCAGAAGAUCCUCAAGCUUGAUAGCAACAAAGGUCUUUCACAACAACAAACUUCUAAAGCCAAGAGAGGAUACUGUGAACAGACAGAGAAAAGCUUCUAUACCGCCCAGCUACAGACCGCUUCCAGCUCUGGUCAGCUGUGGAGACAAGCGGUCGAGGAGAACGCUACACCAGGACCAUCCAGAAAGCCCUCUGAUAUAUACAAUAUCAACGAACUGGGGGUUCCCGGAAAUGGGUAUAUGAUUGGACAUGUGAUGGAGAAUAACACUUCCAAUAUACUAGUCACAGACGCUACCUCUCACAACACAACUGCUCACGACGGAGAGAGCAAUCACCUACCAAGACGCUUAGAACCACCAAGGAACGUCACAUCGGAAGAGCAUAAUGCUUGGCUCUUAUCUGAUCCGAAAAUGCGCAAAUCGUCAACUGCCAAUCCCGAUUUCUUGAAACAGUUCUACUCAGAGAGCCGCUUACACCACUUGUCCACCUGGAAGAUGGAGCUAAAGUCUAGGAUGCAACGAAUGGCAAUUGAAAAGGGAUCAUCCAGCAAACCACCUCUCAGAAAGCCAGGAUCCAGGAAAUAUAUCAUGCACGUUGACUUUGACAGCUUCUUCUGUGCUGUAUCGCUGAAGAAGCAUCCGGAACUUGUGGACAGUCCGGUCGCCGUGGCUCACGGAACUGGCAAUGGUUCAGAAAUUGCGAGUUGCAACUAUCCAGCACGCAGGUUUGGCGUCAAAAAUGGCAUGUGGAUGAAGAGAGCACUUGAAAUCUGCGGCGAAUUGAAGGUACUGCCUUAUGAUUUUCCGGCAUAUGAGGAGGCCAGCCACCAUUUCUACGAAUCCAUACUGGAUGUUGGCGGUAUAGUACAAAGUGUCAGCGUCGAUGAGGCUCUGAUUGAUGUGACAUCCAUCGUCCUCGAUGCUGCCGCGUCCCAAGGCAUUGGUAUCGAUGAGGGGAGCAUCUGGCGAGAGCAAGAAAAGGUUGACAAGAUGGCCCGCCGCCUGCGGGAGAGUGUCAAAACAAAGACAGGCUGUCACGUCUCUGUAGGGAUAGGCGCAAACAUCCUACAAGCCAAGGUAGCAUUACGAAAGGCCAAGCCUGCCGGUCAGUACCAGCUGAAGCCGGAAGCGGUGCUAGACGUCAUUGGGCAACUUAAAGUCGAAGAGCUACCUGGGGUCGCCUACAGUAUUGGCAGCAAACUAGAGGAAGCUGGCGUCAAACUGGUCAAGGAUCUUCGUGACGUGACACAAGAAAAACUUCUGGCAAUUUUAGGUCCAAAGACGGGGGAGAAGCUAAGAGACUAUGCGCGAGGCAUCGAUAAAGCUGAGGUUGGUGAGAUGCCUCCUCGCAAGUCAGUUUCAGCAGAAGUCAGCUGGGGCGUCCGUUUCGUCCAUCAGCAAGAGGCUGAGGAGUUUGUUUACAAUCUCUGCGAGGAGUUAGAGCGGCGACUGCUCAAUGAGCAGGUGAGAGGCAAACUUCUCACCAUGCGAAUAAUGAGACGUGCAUUAGAUGCUCCUCUCGAUCCGGUGAAGCAUCUAGGCCAUGGAAAAUGCGACUUGUUUAGCAAGAGCACUCCGUUCGGCGUCGCCACAAACAACUACAAGGUCAUUGGCAAGAAAGCCGUCUCGAUACUACGAUCUUUCAAAUUUAACCCCGGCGAUCUCCGUGGACUUGGUGUCCAGAUGACAAAACUUGAACCCAUCAAGUCGCAUUCUUCUGCUCCAGAUGGCAGCCAGCCUAAACUCAUGUUCAGUGUUUCAGGAGGGCAAUCUGCUGCGACUAAGAUGUCCAAACAUGAGCCCAUUGAUGAAAUCAAAAGCGAUCGGGGGAACGCGUGUACAACUAGAGGAGACCACGAGCUUGAUUCAAUUACCGACGACCCUCGUACCUCGCGCAAGAACAAGGUCCAUCCGGCAAUGGCCCUGGCCAGGGCUGGGGAGGAUGAUUCCAAGGCAACAACACAUCUGAACGUCUCUGGGACACAGUUUAUAAUUCCUAGCAAUGCAGACCCAGCGAUAAUUGCAGAGCUGCCCAACAACAUCAGAAGCAAGCUCAUGGCCCAAAAACCAGCUGACUCUUCCAUUAUUUCAGAAGACAGCUUGCGGCGUGAAAGCCUUCUUCCCGACGUUCUCCCCUCUCAACUCGACGCAGAGGUUUUCAACGCACUUCCAGAUGAUGUGAAAGCUGAAGUAUUGGAAACGUACGGUCGCAAGCCCGCACCCCCAGCAGCUCAGCGUUCCCCUGGAAAGGGGCAACAAUCAGGAUCGGUCAAGAAGUCACAAAGCCCCGCAAAGAAGGGGCGCAUCAAGGACAUGUUUGGCAAAGCCCAACGUCAGAGUGAUGUGCAAGCAGGGCUUCUGCCAACAAACUUCAGAAACAACAGCAGGCCUGGAAGCGAAGCACCGCUACACGACGUAGUGGGAGAUCUGGAUUCCGAAUUCCUGUCUGAGCUCCCCGAAGAUGUGCGCAGAGAAGUCAUUGAGGAUCACCAACGACAGCAGCUCGCCCAAAUAUCGGGGUUGGAUGCACCGAUGCGGAGACCCAAGCCUGAGGUUACUGUUGCUCCCGUCCAGCGUCGGAUACAUUUCCCGGCGGCGCCACCCAGGAUCUCAUUCGACAGCUCUAAGGUGACUUCGCUACCGGAGAUCAAAGACAUGCUGGAUGCUUGGCAUACCGAAACAAGCAUCGAAGGGCCACAUCAUGGCGACGCCAAAAUUCUGGAGAAGUACAUAUGGCGAGUCAUCCGGGAAGAACGCGACAUGGAGAAGGCCAUCAAAAUAAUAAAGUGGCUCGAUGUACUUGUGGAGCAGGAUGGAGUAGCAGGGGACGGCCAGAAUUUCUGGCGUGUCACAGUAAAAAAUGUCAAGGUGACAGCCCAGGAAGCAGUUAAGCUACGUGGCUUGCCCCCUUUGGAUAUAUGA